GCUUAUUCUCAUCCACGACGCACAAGAUAGGAAGCGCGUUUCGGUCGCCCGCGUAGGUUUCCUGAUAACCGGUUCUGAAUGCAUCCACACUCAUGGCCACAGAAGUGGAGAAUACUCCUCCGGUACGACGCCGUAGUAGAGCAGGAUGCUGGACGUGUCGCAGUCCAGCAGUCAAGAAACGCUGCGAUCAACAACGUCUCGUCUGUGGGCGUUGUGAGCGACUGAAUUUGCAAUGCGACUAUGCAAUGCGGCCAACACUCGCUGAACGUCGCAGGGCAAACCGCAGUACGAGCUCUGCGCUCAGCACAUUAUCUUCGAUUAGCAAUGGAACGUCGCCUGCCACCCUGGAUUCGGCCCAGGACACAUUCGACUCACCUUCAGCUACUGAAACUUUCAGUGCAAGCCCAGCUUCAAGUCACUUGACAGGGUCAAUAAAGGAUGGUGUCAACUGUAGUCUAGAUCUGUGUGCUGAAGACUAUGAAGCUAUCCACUACUUCCGCACCGAGUUUGCCAAGUUGCAUCACACCAAAAACCCGGAAUACUCGUUGAUAUCGCUCAUGUUCAAGCUUGCGCAGGCUGAACCCAUGAUAAUGCACAUGGUGGUUGCGAUCGGACAUCAAGAGAUGGGCUUUCGACAACAACAAUCCUCGGCAAGCGCUCAGCACGCCGCGUCAAAUCACUAUGGUUUAGCCCUCAGAUUAAUGGCCGACGCAAUAAUACCAUCGAACGCUGCCACGAAGGAUCUGGAUACUAUCCUUACUGCCUUGUGGCUAAUGCUACUCUACGAGCAGCAAUUCGGUGACGAGAGAUGCAGAGCGUACUUGAGCCAUCUCCAAGGCGUGGCAUCUCUGUUGCAAUCGCAAAGUGGUAGUCUCCUCCAAAUUCCACCACACAAGCUUGGGAUCCUGGAAAAGGACUCAGCGGCUGUUCUGACCAACCAGUCGAGUGCAGAGUCAAAGAUUUCGAUUUACGCAGCACGUGUUCUGAUCUGGAUCGUGCUGCUUGAUGCAGCAGCCGCAACUUCUGGCGUUGGCGGGCACGUGAAUGAGGCAAUCAUAAACAUGCUGCUUUCGAAUCCCACGGACUCGCGUAUGCGGUCCAAGGAUCCAAUAAAGGCAGUUGCCCGUCUCCACCACUACUCCAACUCCCUAUAUCGACUGGCUUGGGGCGACGCUUAUCCUCAAGCUGAGCUUGUAGAUGAUGUAGAGAACCGCAAUGUGUACGCCUUGCUCGGCCACUGCGCUUACCUGCGUUAUUUAACCGCUCAGCUUGCAACAAUGUACCGCGAUGAUCCCACAUUAGCAAUGGAGCAAGCGCAUGAAGUUGAAUACUCUAUCGACGAAGUUGGCGAUCUCUUCAGAGAACUCAUGGAAGUGGCCCAUGAGCUGUCUCUAGGAACUGAUAACAGUCACAGGCUGGUUGCGAAUAUGCGGGCGAUAGUACCUAUGUACUAUGCUAUCGUACUAGACUUCAAACGCCUAACAGCUUUCGACCAACCUAAAGACGAGCGACAACGUCAUGCUCUGCAGGAGAUCAUGAACCUCUGUUUCCAGGACUUCACACACGGCGGCGACCAACCGAAUCUGAGAAUCGCUUGGCCUUUGUUCAUGGCGGCCCUUGAAACCGAAGACAUGUUACACCAGAAAUUUAUCUUGGACCGCUUCGAGACCUUCCGUCUCUACGGCAAGAACUACGAGCGGGCUCAUCGCUUCUUAGUGGCAGUCCUUCCCAUGCAACGGCGUAAUGGCAAACGCGUUGAUAUCAGACUGCAUAUGGAGCACAAUGAGAUGUUCGUAUUGGGCUGAGCGGUACGAUUUGUCUUUGGUGAUCAGGUUAUGACAAUACUUAUUUGAGUCGACAAUUCCGCACGCAAGUCCCGAGAUUUGCUAGCCGACUGCUAUCUGAAUCCCCGCAUUCUCAUCGGCCUGUGUAUCUAACAUCUCAGUGGGGGCUGGUUA